AUGCCUUUCUUGCCCUCCUCUGGCGUCCGAUAUAUGAGCGAUGUUCAUGGAACUGCGGAAAAGCCUCCACUCGCCGGCAUUCUUCUGCACAAAGAUGCAGCUGGAAAAGAAAUCUGCACCAAUCGUGAAAUAAUUGUCGGUCGUGACAGUACCCGGUGUCAAUACGUCCUGCACGACCCUCACGUCUCAAAAAGACACCUCAGACUCUACACCGUGGUUUACGAAAAUGAUGAACCCAAUGAGGUGGAUACUCUUGUUUAUGCUGAAGACUUAUCUCGCAACGGCACGUACUGGAAUGGAAGUCUUAUUGGACAAGGGAAUGGCGAAUAUCUCCUCAGCGAUGGAGAUGUUCUCAAACUGUCUCGCAAUACUUAUCUUGUCUUCACCGGAACCUCUGGCUCACACGACAAGUCUGCUUUUGAUCUGACCCAAGAAUGUGAAAUGGCUCGGUUCCGGAAUGAUUACAUUAUAACAGACAGAUUGCUUGGUGCGGGAGCUUUCGGGAAGGUCUUCAUGGCUAUUGAACAAAGAACGCGAGUGCAAGUAGCUUGCAAAAUGGUCGACAUCCGGAAACUUAUACCUAGGAGGCUCAACAGAUUUGGUCACCCCGAACAACCAGUCCCUGCCAAAGACUCUGAUUCCCGAGUUCAGAUGUGGAAGUUAAAAGAUUGGAUCAAUGAACGAAAGAGGGGAAAGAGCGUCGAGGAAAAGUUGAAGCUUUAUUUCCGUGAAAUUGAGAUACUCGCUUCGAUCAACCAUCCAAAUAUCAUCGGUAUCGAAAAGGUCUUCAUCACCAAUAAUACAUUGUAUAUGAUGCAAAAUCUCGUCACUGCAGGCGAUUUAUUCUCUUACAUUGAGUCGAAGAAUGGGAUGUUGCUUGAAGUUGAAGCAGCAGGAAUCAUACGCCAGAUCCUGGUCGCUGUGUCGUUCCUGCAUGAGAGAAACAUUGUGCAUAGAGACAUCAAGCCUGACAACAUUCUGAUGACCAGUUCAUCUGCCGGAUGUCGAAUAGUUCUUACCGAUUUCGGUGCAGCACGCAGGAUUCUAAACCAAAGGCAUCUGAUGUCAACACAGAUUGGCACUCACGAAUAUGCUGCUCCAGAAAUGUUGAUCUCAUCAGACGUUCAAGAAAAGGUCCAGAAUCGCGCAUACACUCGAGCUGUGGAUAUGUGGGCUGUCGGUUGCGUGGCUGUCGUACUCCUGACAGGCGGCUUAGCAUUCUGCGACCCUGUUACCAACUACUUCUCAGAAAAACUGUCCAAAGACUGCAACCUCGAAUUUCUCCAGAAGUCAACCGAUUGGCAAUCCUUGAGGACGCGUCCAAGGGAAUUUGUGGAAAAUCUUCUAGUGCUCGACGAAGAUGCAAGGAUGACUGCGGAGGCGGCUCUCAACCACUCUUGGUUUUCCGACCAGCCUCAUAAAACUGAAUUCGAAAGCCUCUAUCAACGCACAGUCAAGACUUGGCAUCCGAAACCUCCAAAAGCACCCGUUGUUGACUUCAUGGACGACGGGUCGAUCAAGCAUCUCAGUUGCUCUCAGAGCUAUCUGGAAAAAACCUACAACAAGCUUCCCCGCAAACGUAGAUAUGUCCCAGUCGAAGAGCCUUAUAAGCCUUUCUCAAGGACGAUGCAUUUCGCACUCUUACCGAAGAGAGACGUAGGAGGCAGGCUCUCUGAUGAAAUCUUGUCGGCUAUUGAAAAUAAUUGGCCGAAUGCAAAAGAGCCUGCACGAGCCUGGGAAGCAAGAUUGAAUAACGCUUCUAACGGUCAGCAGUCUUUCCGGUCCUGCACAGCGCCAACACGGAGAUCCAGAAGAGAACCACCGGCAAUCAGCCUCCAAAAGGACUCCGCUUUGUCACGCCUGACUCUCCAAUCAUCACCGACUAUGCUGAGGAUACCCUUUAGGUUGAGGUGGGAUGAAAAGCGGAUGGGAGACCCUACUGAUAGUAGCCUAGAUGCAAAUUUAUCUGGCAUACUUGAAAGAAAUGGAACUCUGAUGCCAGAAACUUCAAGAGCGUCGCAAGAUGAGGGAGGUCCAGAUCGGCUUUUUACUAAAUAUCCGCAUGGCCCUCAGCAGCCAAAAUGUCGUUCUCCACAUUCGAUCAGAGCAUGGGAAAAUAGUUCGAAAAGGCAAUCUGAGAUCAAGAAUUCUAUCGAACUUACUACUGAUACCCACAAUGCAGGCCCAAGGGCCGAGUCUAAUGCGGAUGCCCAAGAUUUUGGCAGAAUAUUGAAGAGAAAGGCGCCGAAGCUAGACUUGCAACUCGAUACUAAGCGCAGACGACACCCAGGCUCAAUAUACGAUCUGUCAGAUGACGACGGUGAUAGUGACAGUGAUGAUGUUGAAGCUUCGAAACAACGAUUGUUGGUGCCUGACCGAGAAGGGAAAUUGAUUUACAGGCAUCAGCCCACUUCGAAUAUUUAA